UUCCUCAUCAAGAUCAUCACCAACCGUCUAAGCGCCUUCUGCGAAGCCAACAACAUCCUCCCGGAAAAAACAGUCCGGAUUUCGACCCGGGCGAUCCACGGCGACAUGCUGUUCGUCUUGCGCCGCCUCCAGGAGCUGGGGCGGAGAAAGAAAAUACCGCUCUACAUGUGCUUCGUCGACUUGAACAAGGCGUAUGAUUCGGUGGACCGAGAGAUGCUAUGGAAGGUGGUGGCCAGGGCCGGGAUUCCCGCGAAGCUGAUCGAAGUCAUCCGCCAAUUCCACGAUGGAAUGCGGGCCCGGGUGCGCAUGGACGACGGAGAACUAUCGGACUGGUUCUUCGUGACACAGGGC